AUACAAAUUCAGGGUCACUCUUAUAAUGAUGAUUUCCGGGAUCUUAUAGUUUCGCAAAGUUUUGAGUUAUUUACUGUAGACGAACUGGACUUAUUUGUCAUAUAUAGAAAUAAAUAUUUAAUGGCUGUUUCGAAAUUGGUAUUUCUGAUUCACAAUGACUAGUAAUCAUAAGCCUUCUGGUGAUAACUAUAUGGAUUCGAUGUGUAUAGGAAUUUCAAAAAUACUGCAUCAGAGUCAUUCUGACGAGAAUCCUUCAUCUGUUGAUGUUUCACGUCCUUCAGUUUCUAACGACAUCGAUAGUGACCCAUAUUUCCAAAUUCACGAGGCUUCACGCACUACUGGAAUGUUAGACAUUAGUCCGAAAUGUAUGGUGAAGGAUUCUAAACAUGGAAUUCGUCUUAGUAGUCGAAGACGCGGUUCAGAUAUCAGCAAAAAGGCUGUCUUUGUCCAACCUCAUGAUGGAAAGUUGUUCAAAGUUGUGUCAAAACACAGUAUGAAGAAAGCAAAACCUCCCCUGUUAUUCCGAAGUUAUUUAUCCUUCUUGGCAUCUCGUCUUUAGUGGCUUGGAACAAUGUUCUAGUUCGAGUUAUUUCCAACUCAGGAAACAUAAGGUAGCGUCCAUUGUGUAGAACUGUUAAAUUCUGGCGAUUAUUUCAUAUCAUUUUGUCAAAGCAUUUUAUCUAAACAGUCAAUGCAACCAUCAAGUCCAAUUUGAGCCUUUCAAAGGUAUUGUAUAGUAUAUUGAUAUUAGCAAGGAAGUUGCUCAAUGUCGAGAGUCCCAUAACGACUACCUUGACUUUUCUAAUAUGAAUCUUCAACAGAUUCCAAAUGCAAUUUUCAAAGAUUUAUCCUUUAUAAAAGAUUUAUUCCUGUAUGGUAACAAAUUAACCACAUUACCAAGCAGUAUCAGUCAUUUGACAAAUCUAAAACGACUGCUAUUGCAACAAAACUGGUUAACAGCAUCUGGCAUACCAAAUGAAAUAACGAAACUGACUAAUCUGGAACAAUUAGAUCUACGUUACAAUCGUUUGGAUGGUCCUCUUCCUACAUGUAUAUGUGGUUUAUAUAACUUGGAACAUUUACUUCUAACAUACAACAAAUUAACCCAUAUUGUAGACGAAAUAAAAUAUUUAAAACGCUUAUCUGUAUUGGUUGUAAGCCGUAAUUUGAUUCGACAAGAUUUGCCUAGUUCUAUCGGUGAACUAACGAAAUUGGUAAAAUUGGAUUUAUCCUUUAAUCAUAUCACCUUCUUACCUGACAGUAUCGGAAAGUGUACAUCUUUACGCGAUCUAAAUCUUCAACAUAAUCAACUGACAAAACUACCUGACAGCAUAGGAAAUCUGGUAAACUUAUGUAGAUUAUCUAUCAAAUAUAACCAGUUGGUGGAAAUUCCGGCAAGUCUAGCUAACUGUGUGAAACUUGACGAAUUUAAUGUGGAAAACAACCAAUUGUCUUCACUUCCUAAUAAUUUACUAUCAUGUUUACAUAAUCUACUAAAUAUCACCCUGUCAAGAAAUUAUUUUACAAACUUUCCCUCUGGUGAUCCACAACAAUUUCAGAUGUGUUAUACUAUCAAUAUGGAUCAUAAUGAAAUUACAAACAUUCCAAAAUCUGUAUUUAGUUUGGCUUCAAAUUUGAUUAAAUUAAAUUUACGUGAUAAUGCAUUAGACAGUUUAAUUGGUCCAGACUUACAUGAAUUAAAAACCUUAGUUGAACUGGAUUUGGGCUCUAAUCAUUUGACAGAAUUACCUACGGAAAUCAAUAAACUUGUUGCUCUUGAAGUACUACGAUUAAACUAUAAUCAGUUAACUUCUUUACCUGAUGAAAUUACACAAUUAUCGAAACUACGUAUUCUGGAUUUGGAAUCAAACUUAUUGGAAUCUUUACCAAAUGAUUUAUCAGGUUUAACAUCAUUACAAGAAUUAAAUGUUCUAUGUAAUAGAUUAAAAACAUUUCCUGCAAGUAUUGGACAACUUACCAAAUUGAAAGUGAUUAUGGCCGGUGAAAAUGACAUUACUGAUAUACCUGUUGAAAUAGGUAAUAUACCGACACUUCACGACCUACAUUUGAAUAAUAAUCCGAAUUUGAAUAGUUUACCUGCUGAACUCUCACUAUGUGGAAAAUUGAUUAUAUUGAAUUUAGAAAGUUGUCCAUUACGUGCUUUACCUGAACCAAUAGUUCAAGGUGGUUCUGCCAUGAUUAUCUAUUUCCUUCAACAAGUGCUACAGUUACGACGGCAACAAAAUAUCUUAUAAAUACUAACAAGUCAAACGAUUACAUCAAGUUAUUUUGUAUUCAUACUUUUACUUUGCACUUACACACAUAAGUGCCUUAUAUCUUCCCAACUCACUAACUAAUGCCUACUGAUCUAUUCCGCUAAACAGAUUAAUUUAUCAUCUGAAUAUUGAAGUACUCCAGAUAUAUAGAUAUAUAUAAUCUUCUUGUUUGUAUUCUGUCUCAGGCUGUUGUGAACAUGUUAAUUCUCAAAGUUUUUUUAAUUCAAAGGAAACUAACCCGUGUAAAACAAAUAAAUUAUAUAUAAUUUCUGUUACGGUAACCUAGUUUGCGCACUGUCCUCUCUACUGUAUCAUGUAAUUUCAUCCACUCACAUUCAUUACUGACUUAUUAUUUUAUGUAUAUACAUAUUUUCUGUGUAACAAGUAGCAUAUGAUAAUAUGCAUAUUAACGUGUCGUAGCUCUAUAGAUCGUUUUACUCAUUUCUAUUGUCCUAGUUCUUCUUCUUCGUAUAAUGUCGACUUUUGACAAGUGAUUAAAAAUAUCGUUCUUUCAUUAUCGUUAUCAAAUGAACUGUUAAUAUUUACAUUAUUGUCUUUUCAAAAUGAUAUAUUUCUUUCUGUUAUUCUAGCUGUUGUUACACUGUGAAAGUAUAUCAUACAUUUAUAUAUAUAGUUGUUGACAAUUUAGUAUCCACAACCUGAGGACUGUAUAUAUAAAAUGAUUUACUUUCGUCAUUAUUAUCAAAAUGUUCAAUUAAUGCGUUGACUUAAAUUUUACCAGUCAUUUUCUUUUGUUUUUCUGUGACUAUUUCAUCAACACUAGUAUUACUUAUUAUUAUUGUUAUUAUUAUGACUAUCACUAUGUUUUUCCUUUGCAUAUAAGCAAUUUAUUAGUUUUUACUUUGAUGUGAAUUCGAUUACUUUAAUUUGUUAUAUAUAUAUAUAGCCAUCAGGCUGUUUAUAUAUCCGUAACCAUUAUUAGUUCAUUAUCUCCAGGAUAUCUCCCUAGAGUUUUAAUAGUAUGAAUAUAUUCUAGAAAAAAGUAAAAGAACUUUGUUUUCACUACAUUUGUUUUGUUUCAUGUGAUGGGACAAGAGUUCACUUAGAAAGAUGUACAGUAUGUUUAUUCUUUUGUUCAUAAAAUUGAUUGCUCUUUACAUUUUUCUAUCACUGGAAUGGUAUAAAAAUAAUU